GUGGCCAAUGACACUCUGCGUUUGGACACUCAGCCUUACCAAUCCAUUAAAUAAAUGAAACCAUGCCUUAGGCUUCCACAUAACAGUACUCAGCCUUGCCAAUCCAUUAGUAUAAAUAUAACACCAUGCCUUAAGCUUCAACAUAUCAUUAAAACCCGAUUCUCCAUAUAAUCCACUUUACAUACAUUUACGAUCGACUAAACUUUUUUGCCACCACACCGCAAAAAUGGCCGAUAAGCUCUUCCACCACCACAACAAGGAGGAGGACAACAGCCCCCCCGAUUAUAAGAGGGAAGAGAAGGAGCACAAGCGUCAUGAGCACCUUGGUGAGCUUGGUGCCGUUGGAGCUGGAGCCUAUGCCUUGGAUGAGAAGCACAAGGAAAAGAAAGACCCAGAGCAUGCUCACAAACACCAGCUAGAGGAAGAAGCGGCAGCCGCAGGUGCAGUUGGAGCCGGCGGCUAUGGCUUCCAUGAGCACCAUGAGAAGAAAGAUGACAAGAAAGAAGAGGAAGAGGCCGGUGGAAAGAAGCACCACCACCACCUCUUUUAAUUUUUCAAUUAAUUGGUUAUAUGUCUAUGUUUAAGUUUACUGAACAUGUGUGCGGUAAGCUAUUACCACCCUAAAUAAUGAUGUACGUGAUGCGUCAUGUGUGUUUAAUUUUAUGUGUCAUUUGUGCUUGCAGUUAUGUUUGUUUUCUUAAGAUCGAGUUUCUCCGUUGUUGGGAUACACUGUAUGAGUUCGUUAUUAAUAAAGAAUACUUCCUUGUUCCUUUUCA